CAAUCGAGUGCAGCAGUUCCGGGUGUGUGUUAUUCGAUACUCUUCCUCGUCUACUUCCUGAUUGAACAUGUGCAGCGAUAGGAAUAGUAGCAGUUCAGAUGACGUGCCCAUUCGGCGGUCGUUGAGACAUCGAACUCCCAACAGAAGAUACUUCUCGGAGGACAUAUCGUCAAGCACAGAUCGUUCUGGGAACUCGGGGAAGUCUAAGGAUUCCAUCCUCGAGGAUUGUGACAUAUCCGUGUUGUGCCUGGACUCGCCAAUCAAGGAGAACGUCGCGAAAGCCAGUGAGCUCUUUGACGAGGCUGAAGACGUCGAGGGUGGUGAUAUUUACACGUUCAAAACGCCCAAGAAGAGAAAUGCCAUGUCUCUGAUGGCGACAAAUGCUGUGGCAUCGCCCCGGACACCAAAAUCCUCGACUCCUCAAGCGUCCAGGACACCAGGCACUGGCAGGAGGAGUGCAGUGCAGAAGGAGACACAGCUGGGCAAAACUCCGCAACAUAUUCGUGCGAAAAUCAAGAGAAAACUCUCCAAGAUAGUCGAAAGUUCAUCGGAGUACGAAGAGAGUGAGGAAUCCAGUGGGGAAUCUGAAACAGAGUCUAGUCUUUCCAGUUCUACGGAAGAUGAGCCGAAGACGCCGAAGAGGAAGAAUACGCGAAAGGUUGAAAUUCUCACAGAUCCCAUAACUCCGUCAGUGUCCACGAGAAGACGCAAUCUUAGGAGCAACACUGAGGCUCAGUACUGCCUCAAGAGUGACAACUACUUCACCAGUCACUCUGCCAAGGGAAAGUCCCUGACAUCUGAUCACACACUCGAUCGCUUGAAGACUCCUCGAUUGCCACAUGCGGAGAUGAUGAAGCUGCUGGACAUCGUUGAGCUGCCAGAAGCGCACGAGACGGCCAUAAAAGAGCUCCAGAAUGAGUACAAGAGCUUCUUCAGGAAGUGGCUGUGCACUUUGAGUGAGGGAUUCAACAUCUUGCUGUACGGAUUGGGCUCCAAGAGAAACAUCAUGAGUGAAUUCCACCAAGAGAUGCUGCAAGAUCAGCAAGUUGUCGUUGUAAAUGGCUUCUUUCCCAGUCUCACCAUCAAAGACAUCCUGAGCAGUAUUAUUUGCGACAUUCUGGACCUGGAUUCGGUGCCCACGUGUCCUCACGAAGCGGUUCAGCUGAUCGAGAGGCAGAUUGAGACGCACAUCUUCCUCAUAGUUCACAAUCUCGACGGUGCGAUGCUGAGAAAUAGCAAAGCUCAGAGUGUCAUGAGUCAACUGGCCAGAAUCUCCAACGUGCACCUCAUCGCUUCCAUUGAUCACAUCAACACUGCCCUGCUGUGGGAUCACUCCAAGCUCAGCAACUUCAACUUCACCUGGUGGGAUGUCACCUCAAUGCUGCCCUACACGGAGGAAACGGCCUACGAGAACUCCCUGAUGGUCCAGAACUCGGGCGUGUUGGCUCUGUCGUCGCUGAGGAGCGUCUUCCAAUCGCUCACGACCAAUGCCAAGGGUGUCUUCAUGCUGAUCGUGCGGAAGCAGCUCGGAAGUCGCGGCAACUCCAACUAUCCGGGGAUGCAAUUCAAGGAUCUCUACAGCGCCAGUCGUGAGGCUUUCCUCGUGAGCUCAGAUCUGGCGCUGCGGGCGCAACUCACGGAGCUCCUGGACCACGAAGUCGUGAAGAUGAAGCAGGGCAUCGAUGGUGGAGAGUAUCUGAGCAUUCCCAUUGAGGUGAAUCUUCUGCAGCAAUUUCUGCAGGAGAAUCAAAUUUGAAUUUGACUGUCAGUUUUUUGGGGAAGAUUCGUGUCAGCUGAUCACAACAAAUUGUUGCUCUUUGGCCCUAAAUUAUAUCCCAAAUAAAAGCGUGGUUUUGCAUGAGAAAUGAGUGUCUGUGCGAGGAAAACUGUUCUCCUGAAUUCUGGGCAUCACAUUCCCUUGAUUGGAUGAACUUACACAAUCACCGAUGCAAGCAUUCUUCACAACUCCCUGGAUUACGCCUUAUCAUCCGGAUAUCGCCUCAUCGACACAGCUACGGUGUACAGGAAUGAAUCCCA